GUGGAUGGGAUCCUGUGUCUGGCGGACAUCUUGACGGAGGAGAGCAGCGUGGAGGCAGCGCGGGCGGAGGCGGCGGCGGUCGUGGCUCAGAUCACCUCCCCCCACCACACCUCCACACAACACCUCGCCAGCUUCCUGGAGAGCAUGCACGACAUCGUCACCGCGCUCAUCAAGCUGUGUGACAGCGCCUCCUGUGGUGAGGUGUUCCUCCUGGCCUCUGCAGCGCUGGCUAACAUCACGUUCUUCGACAGCAUGGCCUGUGAGAUCCUCCUGCAGCUCAACGCCAUCCACAUCCUGCUGCAGGCCUGCAGGGACAGGCAGAGGGUCGACACGCCCUACUCCAAAGACCAGGUGGUGACCAUCUUGGCGAACCUUUCAGUUCUGGAGCAGUGUGCUCCUGAAGUCCUGCAAGACCAAGGAAUCGAGCGCCUGCUGCUGCUCCUCGGAGAGAAGCCGUCCUCCGUCAGUCCAUCGGAGGGCGCCGCCUGCGAGCGAGUUCAGCAGAAAGCAGCUGUGACUCUGGCCCGGCUGAGCAGAGACCCUGAAGUCUCCCAGAUAGCCAUCCAGCUCAAAGCUGUUCCUCGUCUCAUUGAACUGUGUCGCUCCCCCACUGAGAGAAAUAACAGCGACUCAGUGCUGGUCGCUUGCCUGGCUGCCUUGAGGAGGCUGGCAGCGGGGUGUCCAGACAGCAUCGAGGCGGCGGACCACCAGCAGCUGAUCAAACCGCGGCUCGUGGACUCUUUCCUGCUGUGCUCCAACAUGGAGGAGAGCUUUGUGUGACGCGCUGCUCAGGAAACAGAGGGCAGAGCUCAACUCCUGCGAAAAGAUGGUGUACGUUCACCGUUUCAUGAGAGGAGAGGACUAACGAGCAGCGUCACUCAUGAGCAAAGCAUCCAUUCCCAAAACAGAGCUUCGGUUCGUCACUGAGAAUGUGCUUUUGUGUCCGGAAAUCAUGCAAAAAUGUAAAAAGAUUGUGUCAGCUUGCAUGAAUCCAGAAGGAAAUGUACAUACAUGCAUUGCCCAGUGCAACCAAGGGACCGUAUUAAAUGCUAUGAAUGUGUACCGUUUAUUUUGUUCCACUGGGAAAUGUAUAUCAGAAAGCAUUUUGUACAAUUUGACAAAUGAAAGGAUGAAACGCUUUAUAUUCUGCCACUGUGCAAUUUAUUCGUGCAAUGUCUCAAUAUAUUGUCUCCGAAGCAUGUUGGCUAUCUGAGGAACAGAGAAAGAGAUUUGUCAAGUGGAUCGCACGGUGAAAAGCCUCCAAAUGAUCGGAAGCAUCUGGAGUACCGAGAUUUCUGUCUGCAGAAAUGUUCUUUAUUGUCUGAAAGAAAAUAUUAUCUGUUUUGUGUUUUCAAUCAGAAGCCUAAAUUAUUACAGUUGGAAUAACUUCUUUUCAGUUUGAUGUUUGAAGUCCUUUAUUCACUAUUAUUAUUAUUAUUUAAAAUGUUUGUUUCAGAUUUGGCAACUUGAUCUUUUUCACCUGAUGAACAAUGUACUGUUUGUCAAAGCGCAUUGUGUGGCAUGUUGAGUUGUUCUAUUAAACUUUUCAUGUCAUUGAGUCAAAUAUUUUAUCCACCACUGGAGAAUGAAUCUAUACAAAUGGUCUUGGAUUUUAAUAAAUAAAUACUUUUUUAUUUAACAAUAAAUACCAUUGUUGUAUACCAUGCAUGGAAUAAAGGCAAUAUGCAGUGUUA